AGAAUUCUUGUCUUUACCGAGGCUAAUUUUACUAUCAUUCACAGGGGGUUUUAAGAAAAUUCUUGUCUUUUCCGAGGCUAAUCUAUGUACUCUACCGUAGGGUCACUGGCAAGCCCGCGUAGCGGGCUUCGUAGGGGAGCUAGUGAUAUUUACUGUAGUUCAGUAGUGCCACUGAAUUGUCAGAUCUGACGACUCAAAUUUCAAAAAUGAUGGCGUUGAAAGAAUUUUCAAAACAGAUUUUCAAAAGUGGCUUAGAGUCUGUGCUACCAAGGUCACUGAUAUUAAACAACCUGAAAAUUGAUAAAGGACAACUAUUUGUAGCAGGUAAAAAUUACAAUUUGGACAAUAAUGUGUUUGUUAUAGGCUUUGGUAAAGCAGUUCUUGGCAUGGCUCAAGCUUUAGAGAGUUUGCUGGAAAAUCAUCUUCAGAAAGGUAUUGUUAGUGUCCCUGUGGGCAUUCAUGAAUCUCUGAGUAACAGCCCUUUCAAAGAUGCAAGAAAAAUGCUUCUAUCUGAAGGAAGUAAAAUUUUAGCCAAAGAAGGUGCAAGAAACAAUCUUCCUGAUUAUGCUGCCAUGCAGACUGCUGUAGAUAUUGAAAAUUUUCUGAAAAAUCUUCAAGCUGAUGACAUUCUUAUUUCUUUGAUCUCUGGUGGUGGGUCAGCAUUGCUGCCAGCACCUGUCAAAGAAAUAUCCCUGAGUGACAAGCUUGAAACUAUUAAGCGUCUUUCCAAAAAUGGGGCCACCAUACAAGAGCUUAAUACUGUAAGAAAACAUUUGUCAAGACUGAAAGGUGGCAAGUUGGCUUCAAUGACAAAAUGCAAAUCUGUAAUAUCUUUAAUCUUGUCUGAUAUAGUUGGAGAUCCUAUUGACUUGAUAGCAUCUGGACCAACAUGCAAAGAUACCUCACAAUCAUCUGACUGCAUAGAAAUUUUUAAACGUUACAGUAUGUUGGACAAUAUACCUGAAAAAGUUAAAGAAUAUUUAUCAAGAAAACAAUCAGAACCAGCACAUGUCAUUCUGGACUUACCAAAUGUCCAAAAUGUUAUCAUCGGCAACAAUAAAGUGGCGAUUGCCAAAUGUAAGGAAAUGGCAGAAAGCAAAGGCUACCCUGUCAUGGUUAUGAGUGAUAGUCUUACUGGUGAUGUGCAACGUGUUGCAAGUACUUUUUCAAGCAUGCUUCUAUUGUUUAUGCAUGAUAGAAUGCCCCAGUCUAAGCUCUGUUUUGAUCAACAACUUAUCAAAGAAGCUUACCAUAUGUUCAAAACUAAAGGCAAAAUAUGUUUACUGAGUGCUGGAGAAACCACAGUCCAUGUCAAAGGAACAGGGAAAGGUGGCAGAAAUCAAGAAUUGGUACUAUGGACUGGAUAUACCUUUGAAAAGCUUGUUAAGUCAUUGAAAUUGCCUGCUGAGAAAUCUGGGGUAUCCUACUGCUUUUUGUCAGCUGGCACUGAUGGGCAAGAUGGACCAACACCUGCAGCUGGUGCUACAUUUACAAAAAGUCUUUUUGUCCCAGAAAAGAUCCAGGCACUGCAAAUUGAAAAAUAUCUAAGAAACAAUGGAUCUUAUGACUUUUUUUCUACCUUUGACGAUGGAUCUGAUCUUUUUGUGACAGGGCUCACUGGUACUAAUGUCAUGGAUAUCCAAAUUCUUUUAGUAGAGAAAGCAUAGUUAUCAAGACAAAGAACUGUUAGGUUUAUAGCAAGAUCAAAUUUUUCACACAUUUUUAAGCACAAAAAUAAACACACUCAGGGAAAGAUUUCUUUCAGAAAGAUUUCUUACAGUGAUUGUUCUGUAGAAAUAAGAGAAAGAGAAAGAUGCAAUUGAUUUUCGAUGAAUCAAUUGAAAGUCCAGGCUGUUUCACUCAGUAAAUGUUAAUAGCUGGAUCAAAAAUUUGAUGGACAUGGAAUAACAUCCUGGCAAAACAAACAAGAUCAAUAAUAUAAAGUGACAUUAACAGUAUAAGCUAUUAACAAGUUGAAUGAUUGAUUUUAUAUGUUUGAAGCAAUAAUAUAUUUUUGUGUGAGUGAAAGCUAUAAUAGAGUAAAAGUGUGAGUGAGUGAAAGUGAAAGUAUAAAGUGAGAGUGAAAGUAUAUAAAUGUAUAGCUAGAAAAAUAUCGAAUUAAAAUAAGGUUACAAACAAACAAAGCAACCAUGAUUAAUUAGCCAGCAAGCAGAAAUCCAUUCACAAUGAAAUGAUGUUAAUAGGAAUAGAAUCAUUAAGUAUUGCAUUGUAACACAACAUAGACCAUACAUCUCUACUAUUUUCAAAACUAAUUUUUUCUUGAUGCAAUUUUUGCUUGUCAAAGGUAUUUGAGUUUUCUAGAUUUGGGCAAACAUUUUUUAGAUGUUUUGAGACUGAUCUUUUGAUAG